CAGGAAGUGGGAAUUGUAAACAGUGCCAAGGAGCAGAGGAGGUGUGUAAAUCCACGACGCGGCGUUUAGUUGUUUUAACAGGUUAAUGAAGCUAUAACCAAACAAACCUGUUCUCAUCGUGGACUUGGAGGGAUCCUCUGUUCCCAGCCAUGUCAGCUUGUACACCUGUCCACUUAACAUUACCUCGGUGGGCCGGAGGCUCCAGGAAAAUUCGCUUUAUUUAUUUGGUAAAUCUAACAUCGUUCAGGCUGACAGAAUGUCCCAACAAGGGCCCCAUGGUUCCUCUGUUUUUAGGAGCUGAUCUCUUCUCUAACACUGACAUUCGCACAGAGAACCAUCCCAGAUACCAUGCCAAGUUUGCCAAGAAAGGACUGGCAACAAAAAUACAUUUUUCCUCAGCAUUCAGGUUUCAUGGGUUGAAGGUGCCAACUGUAAAUAACAGCCUCUGGUUCUACAGUGUUCAAGGACUUUUUCGAGUAGCCUUUGAGUUGUACAGCAAACACGAACAGCUUGCUGUGCUGGAGAACUUCCAGGAUGUGUGGAAAUCCCAGAUAGACGACAGCCCUUUGAAAAUGAGUUACAACCUCAGUGAGCAGCUUGACUCGUCAUUAUCCAGUUGCAUCGCCGACAUGUGUGACAAAGAAUUAAAGGUUCAGCUGAUGUCACGUCCACAUUGUCAAGUUUCCAGGGAGCUGGUGGAUAUAAGUGGGAUUGACACUGGUCCCUCUGGUGAUACCUCAGCAGAUCAUGAUUACUGUUCUUUCCCCAAGGAGAGCUCACAACCAGAACCUGUCCAGCUAAUUUUAUCCACCCUGAGACAAAAAUUGCGCAGCUUGGAGGAAAAACUCUCCUCUGGUAGUCAAGGCUGCUCAGACCGACUGGAGACGGUCUUGCUGCUUCUGGAGAACACUGAGCGGUAUAUGGAUGGGAAGCUGGAGGAGAGAGAUGUGGCAGAAAUUGUGCUCUCGCUGCUAGAGGCCACGAGUUGGGCCUCUGUGUAUUCGAGUCCCCUGCUCGACUCUAUGGGACGUUGGCUGGGCCAGCAGUUUCAUGCGGCCAACAACAGCAUCAGCCAAAAAGUGGAGGACUUUAAAGUGCAGCAUAUUGAGCAGAUCAGCGACCUGCCGCCUGCAGAGGAACUGGCCACAGAGCUGUUUCCAGAAGCCAUGCGGACGCUGCUGCUUCACUGGAUGGGCCUGAGCGACCAGUCUGCCCUGGACAAGAGACACAGCGAGUACCCCAUCCUGCUCCUCAUUCUGGAGUUUGCAAACCACAACCUCAUUACUGGUGUGGCUCAUGUGCUAUACUCAAGUCUCAUAUGCAAAUAGGAGCUGGCUUCCAUCAAACCUUCAGCGCAACCAGCUACAGAAUGAACUCUACCUUUUUUUAAUAAACGUGAGCAUGUUUUUCCAGAUUUGUGUGUGAGGUUACACUUUCUUUCUCUGGAUUUCAGUGUUUUAUGAUGCAGACUUGGCAAAAAACCAACUACGCCUGUUUUAUUUUUCUUAUUAAAACCAGAACUGAAUUAAUCCGUGCAGACAUUAAUGUUCUUCAGGGAACCGAGGAGGCCUUGGGAAAACAUUUUUCAACACAAACUCAUUUAUUCCAAGAACAUCUGAAAAAUGAUUAUUCCUUUCACAAGCCCACCUUUUUCCUUGGUGACUGAAGACAAAUUAACAUUAUUACAAUCCAGUUUGUUUGUUUUUUCAUUCAAGAACUUAAACUGGGAUUCUAAUAAUGCUACUUUGAUUUCAGAUAAAGCUCCGAUGCCUUUUGGUAAAAGAAUAUAGACAAUUAUUCACUUAACCUACAUCGUGUUCCAUUUCAAACAACCACAUAAACAUUUUAGUUAAAAAAAAAAAAAAAAAAAAAAAAAAA